AUGGCGGAGAGGGUGUCGAGACUGUCGACGGAGAAGGCGGCGGUGAUCUUCACGACGAGCCAGUGCCCGAUGUGCCACACGGUGACGAGCCUCCUCUCCGAGCUGGGGGUGUGCGCGGCGGUGCACGAGCUCGACAAGGACCCGCGCGGCCGUGAGAUGGAGCGGGAGCUCGCCCGCCGCCCGUCCCCGCCUUCUUCAUCGGCGGCAGGCUCGUCGGCUCCACCGACAAGAUCAUAUCGCUGCACCUCGCCGGCAAGCUCGUGCCCCGGCGCCAUAUGGCUCUGA